ACUCAUCUGGUCACACCGGGGAAGCCGAGCCAAUAAGAACAAGAACAUGCGCCUUCUUUAAAGUCUGAGCCAUUUCAAAAUUUCUCAAUAAUUUCUGCACAAAAUCUCCUGUUUGCAAGUUUCCAAUGGCAACUCAACGGUUACUUCUCAAGAAACCAAUUCUCAGGGCAUCUUCUGCUGCAGCUUCUGCUUUUGCUUCAACUUCUGCACACCCGACAUCAUCAGAUACCUUCUUAAGUGAAAAGAUUUUAUGGGGUUUAAAGCAACAAGGUAAAAAACCCUCUAGUUUCAACCCUUCUCUGUUUCAUGAAUUAAACCCCUUAAUUUUUACUGAAGUUCUUCAUAAAUGUCGAGAAAAUUUGCAAGUAGGUCAGAGAUUUAUUGAUUUGGUAUCCUUAAAUUGCCCGAAUUUCAAGCAUUCUUCGACUUCGUUGAGUUCUGCUAUUCAUGUUCUUGUUAGGAGUAGAAGGGCUUCAGAUGCUCAGGCAUUGGUUCUUAGGAUGAUUAGGAAAAGUGGUGUUUCGCGCAUUGAAAUUGUGGAUUCUCUGGUCUCAAGUUAUGAGGAUUUUGGGUCAGAUUUACGUGUUUUUGAUUUGUUAAUUAGAACUUAUGUGCAAGCUAGGAAGUUAAGAGAAGCUGUUGAGGCGUUUCAUGUGUUGAAAAGUAGGGGAUUUUGUGUGAGUAUUAAUGCUUGUAAUAGUCUCCUAGGAGGGCUUGUGAAGAUUGAGUGGAUUGAUUGGACAUGGGAGGUUUAUCAUGAAAUUGUUAGAAGUGGGAUUCAGGUAAAUGUUUAUACGUUGAAUAUAAUGGUUAAUGUGAUGUGUAAACAAGGAAAGAUUGAUGCAGUGAAGGGAUUUCUAUCUGAAAUGGAAGAGAAAGGGAUUUUUUCGGAUAGUGUAACGUAUAAUACUUUGAUCAAUGCUUAUUCUCGUGAAGGGAAAUUCGAAGAAGCGUUUGGGUUGAUGAAUCUAAUGUCGGCCAAGGGCUUCAAGCCGUGUCUUUUGACGUAUAACUGUAUUGUUAAUGGUUUGUGUAAGAAUGGAAAAUAUGGAAAAGCAACUCAAGUUUUAGAUGAGAUGGUGAAGAUUGGGCUGAGUCCAGAUACAGCUACUUAUAACCCUUUGCUGGCUGAGUGUUGUAGAAGUGGUAAUUUGUCAGAAGCUGAAUCAGUUUUCAGUGAAAUGUUGCAUCGGGGUGUUAUUCCAGAUUUGGUUAGUUAUAGUUCAUUGAUUGCUUUGUUUUCAAGGGUCGGGCUACUUGAUCGUGCAUUAGGGUAUUAUAAGGAUAUGAAGUCCAAUGGCCUCAUACCAGACAAGGUGAUUUACACCAUUCUUAUUGGUGGGUUUUGUAAAAAUGGCUCAAUGUUGGAAGCUAUGAGGAUCCGAGAUGAAAUGCUGGAGAAGGGUUGCCUUAUGGAUGUGGUAACUUAUAAUACUAUUUUGAACGCACUAUGCAAUAAGAAGAUGCUGUCUGAGGCUGAUCAACUUCUAAAUGAGAUGUUUGAAAGGGGAGUGUUUCCUGAUUAUUAUACUUACACGACACUCAUAAAUGGAUAUUGUAAAGAUGGUAAUAUGAAUAAAGCAUUGACAUUGUUCAGAUCCAUGCUUCAGAGAAAUCUCAAGCCGGAUAUUGUGACAUACAACACCUUGAUUGAUGGAUUCUGCAAGGCAGGUGAAAUAGAGGAAGCAAUCUUAUUAAGAGAUGAAAUGAUCACAAAAAACAUACUGCCUAAUUUAAUUACGUACAGUAUUCUUAUAAAUGGGUUUUGCAGUAGAGGCUUUAUAUCUGAUGCUCUUAGGUUAUGGGAUAAGAUGGUUGAUACAUGUAUCCAGCCUUCUCUUGUGACUUGCAACUCUCUUAUCAAAGGCUAUUGUAGGCAUGGUGAAACUGAAAAGGCAUGUCAAUUUCUUGGUAAGAUGAGAUCUCAAGGAGUUUUUCCUGAUUGCUUUACGUAUAACACUCUUAUAAAUGGAUAUAUAAAAGAGGAGAAUAUGGACAAAGCUUUUGACUUGCUUAGUGAGAUGGAAAAUCAAGGACUAUCGCCUAAUGUUAUCACAUACAAUGUCAUGCUUGAUGGAUUUUGUAAACUAGGUAGAAUGCAAGAAGCCAACAUGUUAUAUAGGAAAAUGACUGGAAGAGGCAUAAAUCCUGAUAGAGCCACGUAUACUUCGUUAAUUAAUGGGCAUGUAUCAUUGGACAACUUCAAGGAGGCUGCUUGGUUCCAUGAUGAAAUGUUGCAAAGGGGUUUUGUGCCUGAUGAUAAGUUUUAAUUUCUUUGUCGGUUUGAGUCUUUACGAUUAUGGCAUGCACUCAAUUGUUUGAGUUGGAUUUUAUCGAGGUGUUGAUGCAGCCAUUUUUGGGUAACAUGGCUGAUCAAUGGGGAAGAUUAAAAUUCAUAAAUGGAGUUCAAGUAAAGUAAAUGAUAGAGGCAAGACAAUAUCUCAGUACUUUUUACUUCCAGGUUUGCGCUUGAUAUUUUUGCGGCAGGAGACUGGAAUUUGACUGAACUGUACCUUCGGUGGAGAUCUUGCAAUUGUUUUUCUUGUUUCAUCUUGCAAGUGUUGCGGUCCAAAUUUGAGAUCCAGGGGAGAAUAAGUUUGAAUCGGGCACAUGGAGUGCUUUCUUUCCAUUUGUUGGGAUGAUAGCAGUAAAAGGAGAACAGGGGAAGCGCGUAGGCUGAUGGUUGGGGAUUUUGCAACUUUUCAGCAGAUUGCUGAGUGGUGGCUGUGGUGACAAGAAGGCUGGCACCUUGGUUGAAAGAAGGCGUGAAGAUGAUGGAGGAAACAGUGGUGCUGUUGAUAGAAAUGAGGGAUUGCUUUAAGAAAUCACUUCGUAGUAGAACUUUCAGAAAAAAUAAAAGUGAGAACUGAGGAUGUUCAACUGGAACUGUUCUGCCAGAGGCAUAAUGGGCAACUGAUAACUGCACUUUGGUGCUGUUAGUCCCUGGCUUCAUGAAGAAAUUCUUGAAUGAAGAAUGGAGCAACUGGUAUGCAAGAGUAAGGCUGAUAGACGCGGUAAAUUUGCAAAAGAAGAGCAACUCAAAUUUUGCUGCAGAUUGCUCCCCAGUUGUCACCACCUCUUAUUGUAUGAAAAUUAAUGCUCUUAAUCUAUCCCUGCUUUCUGGAUGAUUUGAAGGAAAAGAAGCAACAAUGGGAGUAGCACUCUUUGCAGAUGGCACUAAAUGCACAGUUCAAUUUAUACAGGUCAUGCGACUCUGCAUUAGAAAUCUCUGCGUUUGUGGUGGCAUUGGGUAGAUUUGAGUCAGUAUUAGUUUCACCCAUCAUUGCUAAUUUCCAAGUUUUAAUACAAUUGCUAUUUUGGUACUA